AUGUCGUUUGUCUCAAGAGGGGCGAGAGCUGCAGCUCGUCACCUGAGGCGCUCAGUCCAGCGCCAAACCCGAAGAUAUGAUUCACACCACGCACCCCACGGCCACGGAGAGGCCCACCAAGGAGAAAGUGCAUUCCAUGUCGCUCAAGGCCCAGCGAAUGAGUCUUUCGGACCCGGAUUAUACAUCUCCCUAGCUUCAAUCCCUUUCUUCGCCGCAGUCUAUGCCGUGGCAGCGAACCCCGGUGACAACUUCAUUUCCCGGCUAGUCAAGAAAUAUGAGAUCGGACAGGAAGCUGAAGAGAGAAAGAACGUCAUUCAUUUACGGCUAAUGGAGCAGGCUGCUGCCGACAGACAGCUAUUCGCCUCAACGCCAAUUGAUACAAAUCCUGUGCUUCGGUAUCCCGAAGCCUUCAACCAUGGUUCACCUUGGAAUGUUUCUGCUGGACAAGGCGGAGCAGAUCUAACUGCGCUCACAAAACAUUAUCACGAACAGGCACAAGCUCAAGAAGAAGCAAGACUGGCGAGACUUAAGAAAGGCAAGGUUGUGAGUGUCUACGAAUAA